GUGUGUGUGAGGGGGGGGGCUCCGGGGGCGGGUCCCUGUGCUGCUGACGUCCAGAGCAGUGCUGGGAAGUAUAGGCUGUGUUGUCACGCCGGUGUCAGUCUGAUGAAGAUUGGCAUCAGGUAAGCUGUCAUUCAUUUCCAUGUCAGAGACGCUUUUGCAGGCGGCGGUUGCUGCUGCUGCUGCGGGCGGCUGCCUCAGAGCGCGUGUGUUUUAUUCCAGUCCCCAAGCCAGAGUAUUAUUCAUUGCGACAGGGCAAGGAGGAGAGAGGGGAGAGAGGGAGGAAGCAGGGAGGAGAGAGCGAGGCAAGCAGUAGGGAGGAGGGAAGCAGGGAGCGGAGAAGGGAGAGACAAGGAGAGCGUGGAGAGAGGAGAAAAGCAGGGGGAAGGACUGAAACGAGCCAGACAACGCGGAACCGUGGCGAGGCUGCGGGGGAAGGAGGUGGCUAGGAACCGCGCUCUCUGCACCGUGCAUCGGGCCGGGCUAAGCUCUCUUUUGGGGCGCCGCAGCAGCCGCUACUGCCUCAAUCUCGGCUGCUCGGGGCCCCUUGCCCCCCGUAUGCAUUGUCCCAGGGUUCGAGAAGCCUGGCGGGGUGAUGUGUGUAUGGCUGGGUCCUGAGGCUGUCUAUCUUCUAUGUUGCUUGCCAGAAAAGAGGCCCUGAACUGCAUUUUGGCUUUGGUGGAAAAAAAGGAUUUCCAGCUCAGCUGGAAGUAAGGAGAGGAGUAACACUCCUGUGGACAGUCCCAGAGGCAGCCUGGGAGCACCACAAGCAGUCCUCGAUGUGAAUCAAUCCCAUGAUGCAACAUGCCUCCCCAGCCCCAGCUCUGACAAUGAUGGCCACGCAGAAUGUCCCCCCGCCACCUUACCAGGACACCCCACAGAUGACGGCAACCACCCAGCCACCCACCAAGGCUCAGGCCGUCCAUAUCUCAGCGCCUUCAGCUGCUGCCAGCACCCCGGUUCCCAGUGCCCCCAUUGACCCCCAGGCUCAGCUGGAGGCUGACAAGCGUGCUGUGUAUAGGCACCCUCUCUUCCCACUCCUGACGCUGCUGUUUGAGAAGUGUGAACAGGCCACCCAGGGCUCUGAGUGCAUCACCUCAGCCAGCUUUGAUGUGGACAUCGAGAACUUCGUUCAUCAGCAAGAGCAGGAGCAUAAGCCUUUCUUCAGUGAUGACCCGGAACUGGACAACCUGAUGGUGAAAGCAAUCCAGGUUCUGAGAAUCCACCUGCUGGAGUUGGAGAAAGUGAAUGAACUCUGCAAGGACUUUUGUAAUCGUUAUAUCACCUGCCUCAAGACUAAGAUGCACAGUGACAACCUGCUCAGGAACGACCUUGGAGGUCCCUAUUCCCCCAACCAACCCUCCAUAAACCUGCACCCCCAGGACCUCCUGCAGAAUUCCCCCAACUCCAUGACAGGAGUCUCCAAUAACCCCCAAGGCAUUGUAGUCCCAGCCUCAGCACUCCAGCAAGGCAACAUUGCCAUGACAACAGUCAAUUCACAAGUUGUUUCAGGUGGAGCCUUGUACCAGCCAGUUACUAUGGUAACCUCCCAGGGUCAGGUGGUCACCCAAGCAAUCCCCCAGGGAGCUAUCCAGAUCCAAAAUACACAGGUUAACCUUGACCUCACCUCCCUCCUGGACAACGAGGAUAAGAAGUCCAAGAACAAAAGGGGAGUCCUACCCAAGCACGCUACCAACAUAAUGCGUUCCUGGCUCUUCCAGCACCUCAUGCAUCCCUAUCCCACAGAGGAUGAGAAGAGGCAGAUUGCAGCCCAGACGAACCUCACCCUCUUACAAGUCAAUAACUGGUUCAUCAAUGCCCGAAGGCGUAUCCUGCAACCCAUGCUUGAUGCCAGCAACCCAGACCCUGCCCCCAAAGCCAAGAAGAUCAAGUCUCAGCACCGGCCCACCCAAAGAUUCUGGCCCAACUCAAUUGCUGCCGGUGUGCUGCAGCAGCAGGGGGGGCCUCCAGGUACAAAUCCUGAUGGCUCUAUCAACUUGGACAAUCUGCAGUCCCUGUCCUCAGACAAUGCCACCAUGGCCAUGCAGCAGGCAAUGAUGGCAGCACAUGAAGAUUCAUUGGAUGGGACGGAGGAAGAGGAUGAAGAUGAAAUGGAGGAAGAGGAGGAGGAGGAGGAGCUGGAGGAGGAGACUGAUGAGCUACAGACAACGAAUGUCAGUGACCUGGGCUUGGAACACAGUGACUCUUUGGAGUAGCCAAGGGGGCUAGUUGGCGCUGAUUCCCCCACUGGGGCAAGGGCAUGGGGAGGGAAGGAACAGGUGGGCAGCCCCCUGCAGAAAGUGUGGUCCUCACCUCCCAGAAUCAGCAGCCUGAGCAAUUGCAGACAAGUUCCCCUGCCCCUGCCCAGCCAGCAAGCUUCAAAAAGAUCCUAGCCCCCCUUCCCCAGAACUGUAGAGGACUCCAUUUGGAAAAUACCAGUCCAGCAAGCCAAGGGAGUGGACCUGGAUGGAGCCUUGGCAAUUGGGGGGCACUUACAGACUCCUUGACUGAAGUGAAGGACUCAUGUUUACAGGCCCUGGACCCAGGGACUGCUUUGGGUUUUUUUUUUCUGUUCUCUCCCUGUGCAGUUUAUGGGAUGGGCCAUUCCCAGAAAGGAAUUGGGGAGGGGGGUGGUAACAGAGAGACUGAAGGGUAUUUGGACUCUAUACCAAGGAUGUUUUGACUCCCCUGAGGUCAGGAGAGACCAAUGGCAUUAGCCCAAGGGGUUAGAAUUGAGGGGAGGUGGGAGCUUAAAUUGGAAAUUACAAAGCAUUCAACUCAGAAUUGGACAGACAAAUGGGAUUUGGGAUAGCUUCCCCCAGGGGUUCCAUCCCUGUGUGAGUGCAGACUCUGGCCCAGGACUCACCCACUGGGGACUCACCUACUCUACUGAAAACAGCUGUAUAUAAGUAAAAGACAGGUUCAGAUUAUGGAAGGAAAAACAACAUUUCCUUUGGCUUGGAUUAGUUCUAGGACAACAGCAGUGAGCAAAACCCAGGCCAGGGUCCACAAGAAGAUAAGAAGGUAGGGUACAUGACCAUUUCCACCUGGGCUCAGAAGACUGCAGAUCCAACAGAAACAUGGGGGUCUCAGAUAACCACCUGGUGCUUAGUUGGUCAAUUUCUUAAGUGCUCCAACUCUAUAUGGACCUGCAUGGGGUGGGGUGAGCUUGAUUUGGAUUUUGUCCAUACCCUCCACUCAGCCCAAGACAUCGUUGGCUAGCUCACUGUAAGAAGGGCCCCCUCCAUAGGCUGGCCCAACCUGAUCAGGCUUGUCACCCUUACUUAACACCCCAUGAAAGCAGAAGGAUCUGUUUGAAGGAGGAGCCGGAGGCCAGAGAAGAUGCUGUCUGUCCCCUCUUGUCUCCAGGCUUAUUGAGAGAUAAGAGAAAAGGGAGCCAUAACCUUGCUCCUUCCACCUCCCCAUACCUACCAAAAAUAUACGUCCCACUUGGAGAUGCUGGGGCUCUCAGGAGGAGGACAGGUUCUGCUCACCUCCCCAUUCUCUCCCCUGCUCCUCACACCCUCCCUCCUGGUCUCCAGGCCUGUGAGUGUGGCCCUCUCCUUCUCCUCCUUGUUACCCCCAUGGCUGUGAAUGGCAGAACUGAACAUAACGUGUGUUUUCCAUGGGAUUUAAUUUAAUGGACUUGCAAUUACAUUUGUAAAUUGUGCAUUAGGACAUCUUCAGCAGCAGGAUGUGGGUGGCUGUGUUGUUGCUCAGCCUGAGGAGAACCUUGGGCCUUUAGCUUCCCCCACACAUACACUUUUGGGGGGGGGCGGAUUGGUAGGACGGUCAGUCACUUCCCUGAGACCGCCCUGAAAUGAAUGUAUUUCUCCCCCAGAAGAGCUGAUAUUUAAUGUUUUAAUAGGGAUUUUUGAAAAACAAAUAACCUUAUUUAUAAUCUGGGUGAUCCAAACAAUCUUUUUUUACUCCCUUUUGAUGCCAUAGGUAGAGAAAGUCUAGCUUUUUUGGAGUGAGACUUUUGCAAUGUGCAGUGGGAUAAAAUACAUUUCUUUUUCUGGUUCAUAUUCCUUGUUAAACACACACACCACACAUACACACACACAUACAUACAUACAUACAUACAUACAUACAUACAUACAUACAUACAUACAUACACAUACCCUCCCAUCAACAACAUGACCCGACACUCCCACCCUUCUCUUACAUACACAUAGCCCCAACCCUGCCCCUCUUCCCACUCCCUGCCUAAUGUUAUGCAACCCUCUUCUGAUGUAUCCACCAAACAAAUACUGGACAUGAAGGCGGAGUUUUCAGUAAAUCUUAAUACCUAUCUUAA